AUGCGUUGUGUGGACGUGGAACGAGCUUUCCAGAAGGCUUUGGCAGUGAAGGUAGAAGAAAAUCGCGAUACAAAACCGCUAGCUGAGAAGCAAAUAUUGAAGAGAAGCCCAAGCAACGAUAAAUAUCGCUGCCUUCCAUGUGACGCCGAAUGCCAGCGAUUUUUGCGAAAUAAGAAAGUAGCAGAUGCACUGAAUAUCUCUGAAUCAACUGCAGCUUCCGGCGAAGCCUCUACAGUGUACAGCGAUUUUUUGAAAAACCAAUGGAAAGUGAACCAAAAGCUGAUUGCCGAAAUAGAAUGCGUUUUCGUUGAACUCGUGCAAACUUUGGAUGCUGUAAGUAUUGGAAAGUGUUGCAUUGCUGCUGGUAGGGUGUAGCG